CUGCAGGAAGCGCGCGCUGAUUGACAGUUGCGGUGUCCCAAAAAGGCGCGACGAAGAUGCUGAUCUGCGGGUGGGUCUAGACACGCGGCCGGCGUGUCCGGUGCCCACUCCCCUCCGCGCCCCUCCAGGGCUCCGCCGCCUCCCGGCUGCCGAGGCGCCGGGCAGAGAUCCGCGGGUGCGCCACCCCCCGCGGCCCGGCUCACCAUGCACUGCCACGCGGAGUUGAGGCUGAGUUCGCCCGGCCAACUCAAAGCAGCCAGGCGGCGCUACAAGACUUUCAUGAUCGACGAGAUCCUCUCCAAGGAGACCUGCGACUAUUUUGAGAAACUUUCCCUCUACUCCGUGUGCCCGUCGCUGGUCGUGCGCCCCAAGCCCCUGCAUUCCUGUACCGGCCCCACUUCCCUUCGGGCAUAUCCUCUCCUCUCGGUGAUCACCCGCCAGCCCGCAGUCAUCUCUCACCUGGUCCCUGCCGCCCCGGGAAUCGCCCCGCCGCUGCCCCGCCGCCCGCCUGCCGAGGCUGCCCCUGCGGAGGCCCCGGGCGGGGAGGCUCCAGGCAGCAGCGAGUCAGAGACAGAGCAGCUCACUCCCCGGCAGAAGAAACCCCGCCGGAGUCGGACCAUCUUCACCGAGCUGCAGCUCAUGGGCCUGGAGAAGAAAUUCCAGAAGCAGAAGUACUUGUCCACCCCAGACAGGUUGGACUUGGCCCAAUCUCUGGGACUCACUCAACUGCAGGUGAAGACUUGGUAUCAGAAUCGCAGGAUGAAAUGGAAGAAAAUGGUUCUUAAAGGUGGCCAGGAAGCACCCACAAAGCCCAAAGGUCGUCCCAAGAAGAACUCCAUCCCCACCUCAGAAGAAAUUGAAGCUGAAGAGAAGAUGAACAGCCAGGCCCAGGGCCAGAGGAGCCUCACGCCCUUGCAGGGAGGAGAGCAGCCCUGUGACCCACAGGAACCGACAGCAUGCGGUGUCCCCUUAGAGGUGGCAGAGCCCCCAGGCCAGCCACAGGAGUCGCCAGCGGCCUCUUCCGAACCCCCACCAUCAAGCUAAAACAAAACUCUUUGAGGGGAGGGGGAGACUGGGAAGAAGGGAAAGAGAGAAGGCAGGUGAAUAGGAGAGAAAAACUUCCCAAAGCCUGGCGCACUGAGGGAGAAGAGAGCCACCUGUCUCCCUCCCUCCCACAGGUCUUGGUGGCGUUUCCACCCCAAGCAUUUGAGAAGACUUGCUUGCCUUAGGCCUUUCUCUUCCUGAAAGGAUGCUUUAGCCCCAGGAUGCCCUUAAAGGGAGACAGUGCCUUGCAACUGCCUGACCCAGCUGGGCUGACACCUGGCACGGUGGGGCAUGGCUCCGGCUCUCCCCCUGCCAGCCUCUGGGCAGCCAGUCAUCAAAGCAGAAAGAUGUGGAGGACUUGGGCAGCUUGCCCAGGUUCCUCGCUGACUCAGCACUUAUUUCCGUAGUUUUAAAAAGAGAAUUUAAUGUUUUGGUUGUUGUUUGGGGCAGGGGUCGGUGAGGGCGGGCUGAAAGAGUUCGGGGAAGGGAGUUCUGAGUUAUUUUAAUUGUUUCCGAAUAAAGUUUGUUUGUUUGAAGCCGGUGUGCCUUGGAACCCAUUAUAAGAUUGUCAGGUGACUUAAGAACUGACAAGCCUUGUUUUUCUUGCUUCAUUGAGUUGCCAUCCUUG